AGAUGGUUCGCGAGCAGUACAUCACAGCCACAGAAGGCACCCACAUAGAGAGGCCAGAGAAUCCAAGCGUCUGCAAAAUCGGCAUUUAUGGCUGGAGAAAACGUUGCCUCUACUUGUUUGUUCUUCUUUUACUUAUCAUCCUUGUUGUGAAUUUUGCUCUUACAAUUUGGAUACUUAAGGUGAUGUGGUUUUCUCCAAUAGGAAUGGGUCACUUGCAUGUAACACAAGAUGGACUUCACCUGGAAGGGGAAUCAGAAUUUUUAUUCCCAUUAUAUGUCAAAGAAAUACACUCUAGAAAGGACUCAUCUCUGCUUCUACAGUCCACUCAGAAUGUGACUGUGAAUGCUCGAAACUUAGAAGGGCAGGUCACAGGCAGGUUAAUAGUGGGUCCCCAAAUGGUAGAAGCCCAGAGUCAACUGUUUCAGAUCAACUCCAAAGAUGGAAAGCCACUAUUUACUGUUGAUGAAAAGGAAGUUAUGGUUGGCACAGAUAAACUUCGAGUAACUGGGCCUGAAGGAGCUCUUUUUGAACAUUCAGUGGAGACACCCCUUGUCACGGCAGACCCAUUUCAAGAACUUAGGUUAGAAUCCCCCACACGGAGUCUACGCAUGGAUGCCCCAACAGGUGUUCAUAUUAAAGCCAAUGUUGGAAAAAUCGAGGGCCUUUCUCAGGAGGAUAUCAUUUUCCAGAGUAGUGAUGGAAUGCUUGUGCUUGAUGCUGAAACUGUGUGUUUACCCAACUUGGUGCAGGGGACCUGGGGUCCCACUGCCAGCUCACAGGGACUCUAUGAGAUUUGUUCAUGUCCAGAUGGGAAGCUGUACCUGUCAGUGGCUGGCGUGGGCACCACGUGCCAGGAGCAUAGUCACGUCUGUCUCUGAGCUGCC